CAAGUUGCGUUGUCUCGGAGUGGGACUUGAAGCAUGUGGGCAAGAAUUCGCCACUUGCCAAGAUCGAUGCCGACCGAUACAUCUCGCCUCAGCGCCGAGCUGCUCGAGCUCAUUGCCGCACACGUGCCCAGCGCUGUCGACCUGCUUGCGCUGCUGUCGGCGCUGCCAACGGAGCUCCUGACGCCGCCGCUCCAGAGCCUGCGCGAGCUCGCGACACACGUCGAGCCUGCUUCGCUCUGGCCGACGCUGGCUUUGCCACACGACGUGAGGCCACACGUGGCCACAUUGAUCGAGUCGAGCCUUCGCGUCCUUCCGGCCGUGGCAGUGGCCGCGCCGUCGCCCUCGAUCCUCUCGCUCUCGCUGCCGCCGUCGACAGGUGUGCAACUGCUGGCGCUACCCUCCCCGGCAGCUUACUCGGUGGCGAUGACGCAAUGGCGAGAUCACAUCACGUCCCUGACCAUCCGCUUCGAGAACGACAAUGAGCCGAUGCGCUGGACAGGCGACGCGGUGCAGGCUUGGUGCACGCAGCUCACGACGCUGCCUCGAGUGACCUCGCUGCGUCUGCACUGGGCGCUCGACGCUACGGACGAAGUCUCCGAGGCGCCCGCGGCUCUCCUCAAGGCCAUUGCCGCGUCAUCGCUGACAGACGUCUCACUGACCUUCGAGACUUGGUUCACGUGGGACAUGUCCAUGAGCAAGGUAUUUGCAGCUUGGCUCGACGCUGCGUCCGUCUCCAGGAUCGCGCUCACGGGUCUCUUCUUGCCGCAGCAGAGCCCUGAGGCGCGUCUUCUCUGCGACAGCAUGCUCCUCGCACCGUCCUUGCAGUCCAUUGCACUGCGUGGCGGCAACGUGACCGCGUCCUUCCUGCAGUCUCGACACCGACUCGGCCAUCACGUCUCGGCGCUGGCACUUGACGGCUGCACGCACGAGCUGCUUCCACAUCUGGCCGCCACGAUCGGCGACUCGCAACUGAGCGAUCUUGCGCUGGGCUUUCGACGGCCGUGCGCCGCCAGCGUCGGGUUGCCGCGCGUUCUAUCGACCAUGCUCGACGCCGUACUACGCACCGUCUUCUGGCGUUCGCAACAGAAAUGUGCGCUCGAGACGGUGCUCUCCGAGACCAUCGCGCGCCUCCCGCACCUGCAGCGCUUGUGCGUGAAGGGCCUUGCAACGGCCUCAAUGCCGCUGCCAGCGCUGUGAAUACUUCGCCGAAUUAGAUAACUUAAAACUUGCAUCCGACUUUUGUACUUGA